AUGGCACGCUUUUGUGGGGUACUGGCGUCCCUCGCGUCCCUCCAACAGUUUGUAUCAGCUCAGACUAUUGUUUCCAAUGGAAGAAUUCUCCCUGCAAAUACCUCAAAUAUUUCCCCUGCGGUUGAAGUCCUGCCACAAAGCAGCACAUUUGCUGCCGAAACGGCCCAGCUGACAGAUAACGUUUUGGCAAAUUUGACUGCGUUGCAGCUAUCCAACAUCUCUCUCUUUGGCUUCUCCACAAAUAACUCCAACCAUAAGCGUUCAUCGGGACCCGUUUGCAAGACAUAUCCAGGAGAUUCUUUCUGGCCCAUUAGUUUGAUUUGGGACAUCUUUGACCUUUUGCUUGGUGGUGCGCUCAUCAAAGCCGUUCCGAUCGCAUCACCAUGCUAUAAGAACUUUGGCAAUUAUGAUGCCGACAGAUGCGCCUACGUGGGAGAUCAAUGGUCUGUCUCAAACCUUCACGAGGAGGAUCCGACAUCUAUCAUGUCACCCUUGUACCAAGGGCUGACAUGUCUGCCUGACGGCUGGGGACCGUAUGGCAACUGUACCAUGGGCGGUUACCCAAGCUAUGUUGUCAAUAUUACCAGCGUAGCUCAAAUCCAGCUAGCUGUGAACUUCGCUCGUAACCUCAAUAUCCGCCUAGUCGUGAAGAAUACCGGGCAUGACUUCAAAGGUCGUUCCGCAGGUGCUGGGGCGCUCUCAAUCUGGACGCACUAUCUCAAAGACCUUGAAUUCAUCGAGAGCUUUACCCUAGGUAGCUACUCCGGCCCAGUCAUUAAGGCCGGGUCCGGUAUUCAAGGAACGGAGCUGUAUGAGUUUGCAGAUGCCAAUAACGUCACAGCUCUUGCAGGUGAAGGGAGAACCGUUGGUUGGGGCGGUGGCUAUAUCGCAGGAGGUGGGCAUUCCCCGCUCUCCUCGAAAUAUGGGAUGGCUGCCGACCAAAUCGUAAGUAUUGAUCUCGUGACUCCGGACGGCCGGUUCAUCGCUGCCAAUGAGAUCCAGAACAGCGACCUCUUCUGGGGCCUUUGUGGUGGAGGCGGCAGUACAUUCGGAGUCGUGACGUCCUACACCAUCAAGGUCCAUCCGAGACUUGAUCCGAUAGUCAUUUCGACUUUCUCGAUAUCCACCUCAGGAAAUAAUGUCACCACCGACGUCUUUUGGGGCGCCACAAAGACCUACUUUAGUAUGAUUCCAACUUUCGUUGAUGCAGGAACCUACGCGUAUUGGUACUUCUUCAACGCUAGCAACGUAUUGUCCCUCACUGUGUUCGGAUGGGUCGCACCCGGAUACACAACAGAAAGCUUCAAUAACCUCACUACGCCCCUAUUCAAUUCUUGGUCCGGUCUCGGGAUCGACGUCGAGCCAGACACAACGCAGCACUCGAGCUUUCUGGACGCUUUCAACCAGGGGUUCCCACAGGAAUCCGUGGGCACUAACGUCUCCCGUGCCGCCAGCCGCCUGGUAUCUAGAGACAAUCUUGUUGAGCCCGCCAAGCUCAAUACCACGUUUGAUGCCUUCAAGAGCAUCGUCAAACGCGGAGGUGGCAUGGUUGGUGUCGCCACGACGGGUGGUCCUGCCAAUAUGACCAUCCCAGAUAACGCUGUCAAUGACGCUUGGCGCACUGCAUCUGCACAGAUCCUCUCCGUCGUGUUCUGGGAUUCCGGUGCUACGCUCCAGGAGGCUGCCGAAGCCUUGAUUGAGUUCAACACUACGUGGCUUGAACCUGUUCGCGCCGCUACGCCCGGUGGUGGUGCCUACAAUAGCGAGGGCAAUAUCAUUGAGCCUGAUUGGCAAAACACAUACUAUGGUGCUGAGAAAUAUGCUAAGUUAAGCGAUUUAAAGGAGAGAUAUGACCCGACUGGCCUCUUCUAUACAAUCCAUGGAGUUGGUAGCGAAAACUGGUACAUUACGGAUCAAUUGGUCGGACUUCCGACGCAGAAUGGACGGUUAUGUCGCGUUGCUCAGUAG